AUGGAGAAUUUUGAUCGAGAGAAAUUGGAAGAAAUGUCUCAAGAACAGUUGAGGAGAGCGGCGGAGGAUUUGCAACUGGAUGCGACGGGAAAUCGAGAAGCUCUAAUGAAUCGUCAGCCGCAGACCAGCAGUAGUCAGGUGGUCAGCGCUGGUCAAGAAGAUCAGACAACCACCAUCAAUGAGAAAUUGUUACUGCUAUUAACGCAUCAAAGUGAGAUGUCUCAGCGAUUAUUGAACGCCCAGGAGUCCAUUGCGUUGCAACUGGCACGAGUGACGAGAACCGACGGAACGGAUACCAGUACCGCACAAGGCAGCGGAACACCGAGGGCGGACCGGAGCAGCAAUCAGUCCCCGGCGGAGUUAUCACAGGUCAGCACGAUGUCGGGCAGCAACUUUAUAAAAACGUUGGCGUUCCAAAUUCCAGCCUUCGGAGGAUCGAAAAAGGAGAAUGCGGCGACCAGUAAACUCUCGGGUGAAGCGGAAAAAUGGUACGCUAGGCAACCAAAUACAGUUAUUUCGUUGUGGGCGGCGGUAAAAGAGGGGCUUGCAUCGUUUUCCGGGCAUCAAGCACCCUUCGCGGUAAUUAUGCAGAAAAUUACGUAUCGCAGAUGGAAUUCCGAUAGUGAAAAAUUUAUGGAAUACGCGAACGACAAAUUAGAUCGCAUGGAAGCUUUAGAGGUCACAGAAAAAGACCGGAUUAAUCUAAUAGCAACCGGCAUCCGAGAGCCGCACAUUAGAGCGGUAGCGUUGUCAGCGACAAACGAAUCGUUACAUCAGUUCUUAGAGCGUAUGCGGUCUGUUACAGAAAAAUUAGAAACAACGGGAACUAAAAGAUCGUCGUCAGCGUGGACUAGCGAUAAAGAUUCGAGAAACGUUAAAUGUAAUUAUUGUCAGAAAAUGGGACAUAUAGCGAAAGAAUGUAGAAAUAGGCAUCUUACGUGUUACCAUUGUCAAGGGAAAGGUCACAUAGCUCGGAAUUGUCCGCAAAACACAAACAAGGACACGACAAAAUCUCAACCAAGCUGGAUACGGGUGACGAUCGAAAUCGAUCAAAUUCCCGGUCGAGAGCUAAACGUUAAGCUGUUUGUGGUCCCUGAUACGACCUUUGCGGGAAAGCUAUUAUUCGGUAGAGACUUUAUAUUUGACAACAACUUACGAUUAGAAUUGUCGCGAGGUCAAACACAACUAGUGGAUUUAGCUGAACCGUACAAGGAAGUAUUAGAAAUACUCAAUAUCAACGCAGAUUGUAAGAAGGAUAUUUACGAUAUCAUUGCCGAAAAUUUAAAUUCUAAUUUGAGCCACACGGAGAAAACUAAGCUAUUGCAAGUAUUUAAAGAGAUAGAUAAUAUGCAUGUCGAGAAAGCAGAGGACGAAUCGUUAGUUAAAGUACAUAUGAAAGAUAAUACAAUAUUUUUGUAUGGUUCUAGACGUUUUUCAUAUAGCGAACGGCUUGAAUUGCAGAAGAUUACAGAUGAUCUGUUGCGUAGAAAAAUUAUUAAGCCAAGUGAUUCACCGUAUUACUCAAGAGUAGUAUUAGUCACAAAGAAAAACGGUAAGAAAAGAAUGUGCAUAGAUUUAAGACAAUUAAAUAAUUUGAUUUAUAAACAGAAAUAUAGUUCUCCAGUCAUAGAGGAUCAUAUUAAUAAUAUGCAUGGCAAACGGGUCUUUACGAGUCUCGAUUUAAAAGAUGGGUUUCAUCAGAUUGGUGUCCAUCCGGAUAAUACAAAAUAUUUUGCCUUCUCGACACCACACGGACAAUUUGAGUACAUUAAAUUACCCUUCGGUUAUUCGGAAUCGCCGACCGAAUUUCAGAAAAGAAUUCAGAAAAUUUUCGAAAAAAUGAUACGCGAAGGAAAGAUAUUGGUUUACGUUGAUGACAUAAUGAUUGCGACGGAAAUGGUCGAGGAAAACUUGACGAUUUUGCGCGAAGUCUUAUAUUUGCUGAAAAAACAUAAUUUAGAAUUGAACGUUGCUAAAUGCGCUUUUCUGGAGCGUACUAUCGAUUAUCUAGGCUACAAGAUUUCGGCGGAAGAUGUUACGUUAAGCGACAAACAUGUAACGGCGAUCUUAAAUUUUCCGGAGCCGAGAUCGGUGCACUAUGUAAGAAGUUUUCUUGGUCUGUCUAAUUAUUUCAGGAAAUUCAUUCAGAAUUAUGCGUUAAAAGUAGAGCCGAUGCAAAAACUAGUACGGAAAUCUAUGCUUUUUAAGUUUGAUGAUGCGGCAAGGAAGUCAUUUAAUGCUUUAAAAAAGGAACUUAUUUCUUUCCCGGGAUUACGUUUUUAUAAACAUACGGCAGAAACCGAGCUUCAUACGGACGCCAGUUCCUAUGGUUUCGGAGCAGUUCUACUCCAAAAGCAAGAAAACAAUGCCUUUGCGCCGGUAGCUUAUUUCAGUAGUCCGACGUCCGACGGCGAAAAGAAGAUGCAUAGUUACGAACUCGAAACCUUGGCGAUAGUUAAAGCAAUAGAACGUUUUCACGUUUACUUACAAGGAAUAAGAUUCAAAGUUGUCACUGACUGUAAUGAAUUAGUCCUCGCUUUCCGAAAAAUCGAUAUAAACCCGCGUAUUGCGCGAUGGACGCUGUCAUUGCAAAAUUAUUACUUCAAGUUGGUGCACAGAUCAGGUACAAAAAUGCAACAUGUAGACGCGUUAAGUAGAUUCAUAAUGUUGAUUACCUUACCGACUAUAGAAGAUGAAUUGAUGAUAAGGCAGUUAACUGACGAUCGAAUUCGUAAACUUGCGGAAUCUUUAGAAUUCAAGGAAGACAGACGGUUUAGGGUUGCAAAACGGUCUUAUGUAUCGGUCAUAUCAGGAACGACUUCUGUUUGUAGUGCCUGCCGUGAUGGUUAA